UGCCGCGGCGGGCGCGGGGUCUUGCGCCUGCGCGGCGCGGAACCGCGGAUCUCGCCAUGGCCCCGCGCAAUGGCCGCCGCACCGGCGCCCAUCGGGCCCAUUCGCUCUCCCGGCAGUGGAAAACGAAGCGUCGCCGCCGUGACCUGGAUGAGAUCCACGGGGACCUGCAACCCGAGAAGGCCGCUCGGUUACUGCGGCAGGAGCCCGACCCCGACCUGCCGGGCUGCGCCCAGUUCUACUGUCUGCACUGCGCGCGCUACUUUGUGGACCUGACCAGUAUGAAGGAGCACUUCAAGUCCAAGGUGCACAAGAAGAGACUGAAGCAGUUGCGUGAGGCACCGUACACGCAGGAGGAAGCAGAGCGUGCUGCUGGGAUGGGCUCCUACAUCCCCCCAAAGAAAGUGGACGUACAGACGCAGCCACUCGAGGAGGCUAUCGAGAUGGCGGCGUCCAGCUGAACGCAGCGGCCUGAGAGGCCACACGGCUUCAAAAGAGUGGCUUUAUCCUCAGCUUUUCUCUGCCUGCCGGCAAGAGAACGCACCGCUCCUCAUGGCAGUCCUCCUUGCCAAGGCAGGCGAGACGGCAGGUGCCCUCCCUUUGUGUCCUUCUUGGAGAAGGGGUGAGCCACUUCCUCCCUGAGCGCUGGCGUGACUGUACACUCGUCUGUUUGCUUUAGAGUGUUUUUAGGCCUCUUAGGGUCAGAGGUUGAUCCGAGCGAGCCACUCAUUAAAAUAUGACAACCACCCGG